AUGACUAAAACCAAGAAAGAAACGAAAAACGGGGAUGCCGAGGUUCAGUGUACAACUGUGGGUGCAAGGCAGUUGUUGGUUUCGGUUCAAGAUAAACUUAGACGUCAAAAACAUGCCAAAUUCUUCGAUGAGCUUCUUGUAGCGACUGAAGAGACCACCCGAGGUUCACAGACUCUUACGACCCUUGUAAUGAGUGAGGUUCCAGUGCUAGCAGUUGGGUACAUUGCCCGUGCGAUGGGUCUUAACCUAUCCAAUAAGGAGGUAUUAUGUUUAUUGGAGAUGGUGGAAGAAACCGAUGCGGCGUCUCGGGGAGUUGUAUCUGCAAAAGCGUUGAAAGAGGUAAUAGUUGAGGCUCUCAUGACGGGUGUAAUGGCUCCCCCAAGGGCCGCACUGCCAGCCACAACUUCGCGAAAAAAACGUGCUACUGCGUCUCCCGCCUCAAGAAUAAUGCCAAUUUCUGUCGUUCGCGACAGUGAAGAGGCCAUCUAUCAUGCUUUUUCUGUGUUGGAUUUGGCUAGGCGUGGUUACCUGGAAGCGGAGGAGAUGCGACGUUUUCUGCGUAGUGGGGGGGAACCCUUUACUGAAGAGGAGGUAGAGCAGUUUCUAGCCGCAGCUGCUGACCCUGAAAGUGGCCGUAUAUACUACGAGGAGUUUGCGGAUGUACUUGCAACGGAGUAG